AUGCACCUCUUGCUUUUCAGAAAAGAAGCAGCAGCUCGCGAAGAGCGUGGAAGAUUUUUCGAAGAAGGUGGAAGUAUUGACGACGUUGAACGAACAGAAUUCACGAAAAAUCGACGAACUGAAGAGCGAAAUUCAGCAAAAGGAGCACACAAUUCAAAAUUUCUUGCGCGAGAGGGAACAGUUGACUACGCAGAGUCAUCACUCCGAGGAACUGGCUAAAAAGCACUUUAGCGAUGAGGAAUUCACAAAAAUACAGUCAGAAUUUCCGGGUACUUCUGGCUGGCUACAGUACUUCAUCGGUAACAAGAAUCCUUCUUCGUCGUCUGAAAACUCCAUUGUUGCUGAAUUCGUUCGCUUCCUGGAAACCGAAAGCAGGCCUAAACUGGUAAACCGCCCCUUCAUUCCUUCGGGUGUCGAUAGUAGCAGAUUAAGCCGCAGCUCAACCCCCAUCAGUGGUUUUCAGUAUCCACUUCCUGAAGCGCAUCUGGACGAGAGUCACACGAGUGCCGUCUCGCCGUUCCAAUCUACUGCCCGUGUGGAACGAAAGGACUCUACCUCGGAUUUUCUUAGAGAGGUUUUGGGAGAAUACCCUAAGACCGAAAAAUGA